AUGCGAACUCAUAGUGGAGAGAAGCCUUAUCAGUGUAAGGAAUGUGGGAAAGCCUUUACUUCAUCCUCAUCCCUUAGAGUACAUGUGAGAACUCAUAGUGGGGAGAGGCCUUAUGAAUGUAAAGAAUGUGGGAAAGCUUUUAUUAAUGCCUCAUCCCUUACUACCCAUAGAAGAACUCACAGUGGAGAGAGGCCCUAUGACUGUAAGCAAUGUGGGAAAGCUUUUAGUUGCUCCUCAUCCCUCACUAAACAUACGCGAACUCACAGUGGAGAGAGGCCUUACGAAUGUAAGGAAUGUGGGAAAGCCUUUAGUUGUUCCUCAUCCCUCAUCAUGCAUAGAAGGACUCACAGUGGAGAGAGGCCUUAUGAAUGUAAGGAAUGUGGGAAAGCCUUUAGUUGUUCCUCAUCCCUUAUUAUUCAUACAAGGACUCACAGUGGAGAGAAACCUUAUGAAUGUAAGGAUUGUGGGAAAGCUUUCAGUCAGGCCUCAUCCCUCACUAAGCAUACGCGAAUCCACACUGGGGAGAGGCCUUAUGAAUGUAAGGAAUGUGGGAAAGCCUUUACUCAGAUCUCAUCCCUCAAUAAACAUAGGCGAAUUCAUAGUGGGGAGAGGCCUUAUCAGUGUAAAGAAUGUGGGAAAGCCUUUAGUUUUUCCUCAUCCCUCAUGGUACAUAAGCGAGCUCACAGUGAGGAGAGGCCUUAUCAGUGUAAAGAGUGUGGAAAAGCCUUUUAUUAUUCUUCAUCCCUCAUUGGACAUUUAAGAACUCAUAGUGGAGAGAGGCCUUAUGAAUGUAAGGAAUGUGGGAAAGCCUUUAGUAAUUCCUCACUGCUCAAUGUACAUAUAAGAAUUCACAGUGGAGAGAAGCUUUAUGACUGUAAGGAAUGUGGGAAAACCCUUGGUUCUUCCUCAUCCCUCAAAGUACAUAUGAGAACUCACAGUGGGGAGAGGCCUUAUGAAUGUAAGGAAUGUGGGAAAGCCUUUAGUUCUUCCUCAUCCCUCAUUACACAUAGAAGAAUUCACAGUGGAGAGAAGCCUUAUGAAUGUAUGCAGUGUGGGAAAGCCUUUAGUUGUUCCUCAACUCUCAUUAUACAUAGGAGGACUCACAGUGGAGAAACGCCAUAUAAAUGUAAGGAGUGUGAGAAAGCCUUUAGUAAUUCCUCAUCCCUCAUUAGACAUGGAAGAACUCACAGUGAAGAGAGGCUUUAUGAAUCCUCGGGACCUCCUGUGGCCGGGGCGCCACCACCGCUUCCCCCGUUAUCCCGGCUCGGCAGUUGCAGCCGCUUCCUGGACACCGAGCAGCGGGGACUGACCAGCGUCUCUCGCCCCGGCCAGACCCACCCGCGCGCACACUGCGGUCACGCUGGGCGCCUCCCUCACCCCGGCCUGGGGGUCUGUUUCCCGUUUACGGAGCGAUGGUACCUGCGCCGGGCCCCGCGCUCAGGACUCAACGGGCUGCGUGUCCCGCUCAGCAGAGGGCGCUGGGAGGGCGGGGUGUGCGCGCGAUUUGCCGGUGAGUCGCGGUCCCGGAGUCUGGGAGGAAGUCAGUCCUCGUCCGCGGACGGCGGAGACCUAGUAAGGGGCGGGCUGUGA